CUUCUUUGUCACUUUUUCGUUUUCUUGGAGGCGUAGUCUUGUUUUCAGGCAAUCUUCCCUGUUGGUCGUACGCGGAGUGUAAAGUAAAACGAAUGAAUUUACUUGUUGGCGCUUUCUCACGACGAGUUGUUCCUACUUCCAACCGAGCUUUCAACUGCCCUGCUUUACUCCACACGCUUCAGGCUACUACCCGCGACUCUCCUUCAGGUAUGUCGUCGCGGGGCUCGCAAAGCGGUCAACGAGGUCGAGGUAGUGGUCGAGGUGGUGGCCGAGGUGGUGGUCGCGGUCAUGGCCGAGGCCGUCAUCCUUACAGGCCGCGAAAGACGGAGAAAGAGAACGAACAAUCAUCCCAGACUAGCCGAGCGCAACAGAUUCGUUCCCCCACGGGGGAUGUUCUUCAGACGGGGGAUCCUUUUCCUACGUUGCCCCCUCCUCCAAAGGUUGAACCUCCAACGAUAUUGAGGGAUGAAUGCAUGUACAUGGAGAUGAAGGAGAUUGUGCCUAUUCCAGUGGAUCCAAAUUCAAGGCCAUUCUCCUCUCUGCAGAUUACUUUGGGCAACGCCUUGUUGCAGGGCCUGGACAAUAUGGGAUUCAAAUACAUGUCCCCCGUCCAAGAGAAAGUCCUCACGGAGUUACCGUCGUAUUCCUCCGACUGUCUCGUACAGGCGAAGACAGGCACAGGAAAAACAGCCGCUUUCCUCCUUCCGGCGAUCGUGAACCUACUUCGCGGAAAUCGACCACCUCGAGGUAAAGUAGCCGUCUUGGCCAUCUGUCCCACUCGGGAGCUCGCACUACAAAUUGCCAAAGAAUGUGAGGGUAUCACAGAGUUCCUGCCCGAUCAUCAGAAGAUGGAAUGUCACACUGCAUAUGGAGGAACCGGGAGGGCGUCAAGUUUGAACAAGUUUCUGAAGGGUAAUCCCACGAUCGUAGUCGCUACACCAGGGAGACUGGCCGACAUAUUAGGCGAAGAGGAGGUUCGUGAGAAGUUCGACAGCCUGAAAACCCUCGUUCUCGAUGAAGCGGACCAAAUGCUGGACCAGGGCUUCGCACCAGAUAUAAAGAAGAUUCUCAAAUAUCUUCCGCCCAAGAGCGAGGGAUGGCAAGGCAUGUGCUUUUCGGCCACACUCCCGCCAAACGUCAAAGACGUGGUCAACUGCGUGCUCUUCCCGGGGUACAUUUCCCUUUCUACCAUCGACAAGAACGAAGCUCCGACCGUUGACCGCGUCCCGCAAUUCGCCAUAGAGGUGCCCACCAUCAACGAAACCUUUGCUGUACUCCUCGCUCUCAUUGAGACGGAGUAUAAGGCCUCCCCUCAAGACUUCAAAGCCAUUGUCUUCGGAACCACAGCCAACGGCGUCGGACUUUUGUAUGACCUCUAUAAAGCCGCGCUACCCCAAUUCCGCGUCUUUGAGCUGCACAGCCGCAUGUCACAGCCGAAUCGGACACGCACGACGGACGAGUUCAAAGCUGCAUCCAGUGGCAUCCUGUUCGCCUCGGACGUCGUCGGCCGUGGAAUGGAUUUUCCCAAUGUUGGCCUCGUCAUCCAACUCGGGCUUCCCGCAUCGGCUGAACAAUACAUUCAUCGCGUCGGCCGGACGGCUCGAGCCGGGCGUGAUGGCCGCGCCGUCAUGGUUCUGUUUCAAUACGAGUCUUUCUUCAUCAAGGUCAACAAAUCGCUUCCUAUCGGUGCCUAUCCCACAGACUUGACCACCGACUUACAGCCUUAUCAGGAGCGUAUCGAUCGCGCCCUGACUCUCGUGGAUGAGGAAACCAAGGCAAGGGCAUAUCAAGCUUUUCUCGGGUACUACAAGACGUUCUUGCAGAAGCUGAGGCUCGACGUCACUAGGCUUGUGCGGCUAGCGAAUCAGUAUGCCAAGGCAAUGGGGUGCCCCGAGCCGCCGUUGAUUGAGAAGAGGAUAGUGACUAAGAUGGGGUUGAAGAGUGCGUCAGGGUUGAGGAUUGGGAGUCGGAAAGCCGGAAAGGAGUGAUGAGAUGAGAAUGGUCACUCAGCUAUAAAACUUGUAUGAUAGGGAUGGAUCAAGGAUAAUUGUAAAAAAUCAAGAAGGAUACGGAAUGGGUCGAGGCUAUAGAAGUAAGAUACCCCCGGAACGAUUGCAUUCAUAUAACAUGGCAUGGUAAAAUUCUGUAAAGUUCUAUUAGACACUAAUAACUGAUGAUGCAUC